AUGGAUAGUUAAUAAGAUUCCAGACUAGUAUCAGAAUAAGGCUCUCCUAAAUUAAAACUAACAGCACGUCAACGAGCAUAGAUAAUUAAAGAAUUUUUUGUUACAAAAGGAAAAUAUCCAGUUUUUUCCAAUAAUUUAAUUGACGAAGCUAUUGGUCUAAAUUUUUUAUCAUAUGAUAAGAAAGAUAAAAUUUUAAGAGAUCCAAACAAAUUAUCUAUAUUUUAAAUAGAGUUGAAUAUAAAUUCUCCACGCACUAAAGAAGCAUUAUAAUUAAUGGAAGUAUAAGAAGAUUGGUGUCACGUAAUGUCAUUUUUCGAUUUUUAAAGUGAUUUUGAUCAUCCAAUAAAAUGUUUGGUAGAUUAUAUGGAAUAUUUAUAAGGAAAAUCAAGAAAGCUGUUGCAAAUAGUUUCUUUAAGAAAUAGACUGAAAAAAAUAAAUAAAAAUAAUACAGGAAACAAUAAUUUCAAUACCAAUAGUACAAUAACUUAAUAACCAUCUUCUCUCUUUGUCACUGAUCAAAGAAAUUCAUAAAUUCUAUCCAAAUCUUUUAAUACACGAAGUUUGGAUUUCUUAUAGCAAUCAUUUGAUGAUAAAUUAGAAUAAAUAACUAAAAGAAAUACUUAAUAUCUCAAUACUCUUAGAAAACAUUAGCAACUUGAUGAAGAAUAGAAUUAAAAGUUGCAACAAUAUUACUCAUCCACAAUCCCUAGUAUCGCUAAGAAAGUAGAGAAAGUAAAGGAAUUACAUCGAUUGUAAUAUAAUUAUUUCUAUUUUCAGAGAGCAGAAUAAACGAAAGCAAUCAUAAAAAUAAAGACACAAGAAAACUUUAGAUAAAAUAGAAAAAUUAGAAAAGGAGGAUAAAGAACAUAGAUUAUAAUUUUAAGAAUAAAUAAAGCAUAAAUUUGAAUAAUCUGAACUCAACAGAAACUAAUUAAAUUAGUCUUAUCAAUAAGAAUUAUAAGAGAAUAUGGAAAGAAAUAAAAAGAGACAGGAAGAGAGAGAUGCUAAAAGAUAAAGAGCUAAAGAAUUAGAAGAAUAAGAAGUUGAAGAAAUUAUUGAAAGAAACUUAGAAAAAACGCAAAUGGCUGAGAAUUGUUUGAAAAAAAUACGAAAUAUAAUGAAAUUAAAAAAAAUAGAAUAACAAAAGAAGAUAGAAAUUGCAAAUAAAAAAGUAGCAGAGAAAUAACAAGAAAAAGAUUAAUAGAGGUUAUAAUACUUUAUUUAGAUUGCUGAUUAAAGUAAUAAAAUGGUGGAAUCCCAAAUGUAAUUAAGAGCAUAACGUUUACAUGAUUUAAAACUAAAAUUUGAAAAAUAAUAAUAAAUAGUUUAAAAGAACAAAAGGAAGAUUUUAAAUGAGUUUAAUUCAAAAAUAGAAGAAAUAAGAUCAUAAGAAGAAUGUAUAAUUUAAUUAUAAUUUAGAAAAACAAGAUGAUUUAAUUAAUGAAAACAAAACAUUAACAAUGCUUUCUGCUGAUAGGAUAAGAGAAAUUGAUGAAAGAGAGAAGCUUAGAAUGUAAAGAACAACACGAAUUAAUUAAGAACAUGAAGUAUAUAUAUAUUUUAAAUUUAAGCAAUAACAAGAAAAAUGGUUGUAAAAGAUUAUAAGUGAGAAGCAAAAAUUGAAAAAGUUAAAAUCAUAAUAGGAGAUGUUCAAGGAUGCGAUUAUAAAACAACAUUUAGAGUUAAGAAAUACAGUCGAUAAAUUGAUAAAAUGA